GGCGGCGGCGGCGGCGGCGAGAAGGCCUCGUCCGAGAGGCGGAGGCUGAAGGAGGCGGUGGCUGAGCGGCUGAGGCAGGAUGUGGAGAGGCUUCUUAAAGAAGAAAUCCAAACUGAUGUCACUUUCUGUGUUGGCGGUGCUCUCUUCCGAGCUCACAAGGGAGUGCUUCUAGCAAGAGUUCCCGAUUUUUUCUCCCAUGUUGCUGGAAGAGUGUUAAACAGUCCAAACCAUGGUGAAGUUUUGAAUCUGGAGAAUUUGGAACCCUCUGAAUUUAAAACAUUCCUGCAGGUCGUGUAUUCAUCCAGAAACGUCAAAGAGUCUGAGCAAGCGAUUCUCAAGAAAGAAAUAUCAAAGCCUAGCUCCACAAAGGAACAUGAAAGUGUGGACGUCAGCAAUCUGCAAAAUGGUGAAAUAUUCGCUGGACAGUGCCUAGAAAAUCAUGAAAGGACAUCUGGUUAUCAGUAUUCCUUAAGCGGAGCCCUAGAAACAGAAGCUGCUGCUUCCCCUUUUAUUGCAAAUGAAAUUCCUGGAGAAGAAGCUGCUGCUGCUGCUGUUGAUGCUAAAGGCAAGGCAGUUGUGUCAGAUGAUUCUAAAAUAGAAACAGCAUCUCGCUUAGGAAAAGACCUAUUGAUGCUCUGCAAGAAAUCUUGGUUUUCGGAUCUUACUAUAUGGAUUGACAAAAAGCAAUUUCAAGUGCACAGGGCCAUUUUAUGUGCCAGAUCUUGUUACUUUGCUGCUAUGCUGAAUGGGAGCUGGGCCGAAAGCUCUCAAGAGCACAUCACUCUUCAAGGCUUAAACCAUGUAGAGAUGACUGUCGUUCUGCAUUUUAUCUAUGGAGGAGUUUUGGAUUUCCCAAACAAAGCAGAUGCUGGUUCCAUACUGAACAUUGCAGACAUGUAUGGGCUAGAGGGCCUAAGAGAAGUAGCUAUAUAUGUUCUGAAAAGAGACUACUGCAACUUUUUUCACAAGCCAGUGCCUGGGAAGCACCAGCCUGUUAUCGAAUGUCUAGCUAUUGCCCAUUCGACAGGAGCGGAAAGCCUUUAUGAUGCUUGCAUGAAGUGGAUGGCACAGCAUUUUGUAAGAUGUUGGUCAGAGAAGAGCUUUGCUAGUUUAUCCCCUGAGCUUCAGAAUAAUUGUCUUAGCAUGUUGAUAAACUCUUUGAGUCCACAGAAUGCUGCCUAUCUUUUGAUGGAAGCCAACCGGCUGAUCGGUAGUCUUCCCCGAGUGAAGUGGACUGAAACAGCUCUUCUCUUGGCAUCUAGACUGCAAGAAGAGUGUGUAGCAUUUAUGGUGGCCCAUUUCCCUGACGUAAUACAAAGCGAGAGCUUUUUUGCCCUGCUACAGUCUCAGGCCAUGAGCAGUGAACCUGACCUCCUCGAUCAAGUGUUUGAAGCAGUUGAGAAGGCUGUUGGCACUGAAAACAGUUGCUGUCUUCUUACAGCCAUGGACACUUUGCUAGAUUCUGCAGAAGUGAAGGACACGGGGUUUACGUGCAGGAUCCAGGCUCUGCGUGAUAAGCUGUGGAUCUUCCUGGUUCAGUCGUUUUAUGCUGUUCGUCACACACAGAGCUGGAAGCUGCUGAAGGCGGACGAUCAGCAGAACAUACAAGCAGCUGCUUUUGAUAAAGGUGAUGAUAGAAGACCUGCCAAAAAGCCCGUAUUCACUAGUUCUCAGUUAAACAGAUGCACUAGUGACAAUUCUGGUCUAAAGCAUCCUGCUUUGAAAGCGUACAGAAAGCAAAACAGUUGGGGUGCUUCCUGCACUAAUCGGGAUAAAAUGAAAUCUGAUGGAUUAGGAGCAUCUGGGCACACAUCGGCUACCAACAGGAACGGCACUAAUAAGGCUUUGAAACAUGACGAUUUAAAGGGGAAAGACAACAAAAAAGCCGUUUGCAAGAUGAUGAAAGAGUCCAAAAUGGGGGAGAAAACGCCUUCGCCCAAGGCUAGAGCUGUUAUAAAGCCCAAAACUGAAAAUAAUGGAAAUGCUAAGGCCGAAAGCUUGCUUACCAAGCAGGAUUCCGAACGGUCUUUAUCCGCUAGCGGACACAAAAAUGUGGGAAGUGGCAAAGCCUCAAAAAAUCAAGAAGGUAAAACUGCAGGUGCUAGACCCAAAGUACUCCCUGGAAGCUCAAGUGUACAGAUUAAAGCAAAACCUUUGAAGAAGACCAGUGGAAAGGAAUCUCCCUCUCUUAUGGGCACAGAAACUCUAAGCAAGUCAACUAACUCCAGCACAGAUCUACGGAUGUCCAUUGAACAGCUCGAUGAACUGAAAGAGGAAAAAUUAACAGAUGAAGGCAAAAAGCACUCAGCUUUGAAAACAAAGCCUGCUUCGAAGAUGUCUAAUGGAGCUCCUGCUAAAAAACAUGUUAAUGAUCUUGAGGCUAAUGGUUCCAUGAACAGUGUAAAGAAGUGCACUGGAAAGGGCAACAAUGAACCCCUACCACAGGCAGUUUUGAAGAAAAGGGGAAAUGAAUCUGGCAACUCUACCAUGCAACAGAAGACAAAAAACGUAGUUAACACUGUGAAAAAUCAAGGUCCACCGGGAGAGACCCCAAAUCUACUGAAGCCUGGACUUUCUCCUAAGCAAAAUGAAGAAAAAAACAUGACCCAGUAUCUAACUCAAUCAGAGAAGCAACCUUCAUCAAAGAAAAAGUCUAAAUCUCCGCAGACGGCUUCAGUUAAAGCCACAGCAAAAAUAAUAAUAACAUCCAAAACCCAAAACCAUUCAAAGAAAAGUGAAAUGGUGAACAAUAAAGACCAAAAACAGAAAAUAGUUACAGGGCAACCUGUUCCAAAGCUUCCUUCUUCAAGCCAGAAGCAUUCCAGAAGUGAAUCCCCAGUUCAGAAGAAUUUACAUGCAGAAGGACAAAAAAAUUCAACUUCGUUGGGAACUCAGUUACAUAGCAGUAACAAAUCUAGCCCAGGGAAGAGGAACAACAGCAGAACAUCUUUGCUUGAGAUAGAUAAGAGGCACAUACCUGAUUCAGAAGAGAGAGGCACCAAAGGAAAUUUGGAACAUCAGUGUGUUGCAGAGCUGAAAACUGAAAAGAUAGCAAAACAGGUUCAUAAGAAUGAGGCUGAUAAAUCACUUGUAAACAAAACAACUGAAGAAUGCAAUGUACAAGAAUUGCAGCAUGUCGGAGAGGAGAAGGGUGUGACUUGUGCAAAUGUUAGCCAGAAUCCUGCCAUUUUAGCCUCUAAAGAAUUGAAGUGCAAAACACUUCCUGAUUCUGUUGCCUGCCAGAAUCUCUUGGAACAUACAGGAGAGAACCUUUUAACACAAGUAACACCGGUCGGUUGCAAAUCUAAUGAUACCUCAAAGGAUGUUAACUCUCUUGAUGAUCCAUUGCACAGCUUGUCUGAAACAGCCAAUGACAGCUCUAACUCUGAACCUGAAGGGAGGAAAUCUUCUAAGGUCUGUAUAAUGGGCUCUGAAAGCACUGAUGAAUUCUCUGAUAAAUCUGCCUUGACUGAAUCCCAAUCGGCUACAGUGGAAUCAGAUGCUGCUUCAAAAUCUUUUGUAGAGCACGUUGCAGAAAAGUGCUCAUCUAAAGACACCGAUACCACAGAGACACCAGAGAGCCAUGAGAACUCGGAGGCCCCCUUUGCAGAUCAUUGGAAUCUGAGUUCCAGUGCACUUGAUCCAAAAGAAAGCCCUGAAUCGGACACUGGCAGUGCAACAACAUCAUCCGACGAUAUAAAGCCGAGAUCGGAAGACUAUGAUGCAGGAGGGUCUCAGGAUGAUGAGGGGUCAAAUGAAAGAGGGAUUUCAAAAUGCAGCACUAUGAUAUGCCAUGAUUUCCUUGGCAGAAGCAGCAGUGAUACAAGUACGCCCGAAGAACUCAAAAUCUAUGACACAAGUCUGAGGAUAGAAGUGAAAAUGAAAAAGGAAAACUCUGAUCUGUUCCGUGUUAUUUCAACAAGUGAUGACGAGAUCCCUAGAAAAAGGCCCGAAACGUGGCUGCACCAAGGUGACGAGAAAAGGGGUGGCUCCCGGGGGAAUAAUGCUAAUUUUGCCGCUGCGCAGUUUCCCCAAGAAGCUGAUCAGGUCUCCUCUUCGGCUGAUGAAACAGAAGAGGAAAAGUCUGAAACUGAAAAUGUCGUAGACAACCUGCCUCCACCGGAAAUCCCUGUUCAGCAGUUCCAUGGAAUUGUGAAUCUCGCAUUUGAAGAUGCAGCAGAAAACGAUACUGAAAGUCAAGAAUUCCCUGCCACCAAAAACUUUAAACGUUCAGUAUUGCUUUCAGUGGAUGAAUGUGAAGAAUUGGGAUCUGACGAUGGUGGGGAGGUCCACACUUCCCUCCAGCGUUCUCUGGAUGCUGCAACACCUUCUGAUGUGUUUGAUGGCAUUUCCCAUGAGGAUCACGGCAAGACAUUUUAUUCAAGAUACUCCUUGGAGAUUGAAGACGGGUUCCUGGAGUGUAAGGAGAAUGAUAAGGAAAGGUUAGAUAAAAGUGAGAAUGCUUCUGUAGACCCUUGUGGCAAUGAGCAAAAACCCAAGGACAAUCUGAGUACUCCAGUUAUGGAGCAGAAGCCUGCAGAGAAAGAUUUGAUUGUGAGACAUAGUCAGUCUCCAGCAGAAGUUAAGGAAAACGCCAAGAGCGAAGAGAACAAUGAAUUUCAAUGUAAUAAAGUCUCAGACAAUGACACAAAGUCUCAAGGAAGACCAUGUCACCUGGAUCUUCAUCAAAGAGAUAAUACUGAGUUACAAAAGAACAAUUCUGCAAAACCUGUAGACCCAAGUAGGAGUCAUAUACUGAUUCAGGAAGGCCACGUGAAAGAGAUUGAUUCAGCAUCUACUGAAUACGCUAACUCUGCUUUAUCCGCAGGAGACAUAGAUGAUUGUGACAGAUUGACACAAAGCUGCAUGUAUGAGCAUCGGCCUCCAAAAACCCUUUCUCCAAUUUACGAGAUGGAUGUUGGAGAAGCUUUUGAGCAGAGGAUGGAGUCGGAACUGGACAUUCUAGAUGUGGAUUUUGAAGAUCAGCCGUUUGCAGAACAGGACUGGACUCUUCUCAGGCAACUGUUAUCUGACCAGGAGUCAAACUUAGACAUCAAAAACUCUGUUCCUGAAGACCUUAACUUAGCACAAUAUCUCAUCAACCAGACACUUUUUCUGGCACGAGACAGUUCACAACCUCAGGGUAAAGCACAGAUUGACACUUUCAGUAGGUGGACUGAACUGAUAUCUCCACUGGAUGAUUCUUCAGCAAGCAUCACAGUGGCAAGUUUUUCCUCUGAAGAUUGUUCUUCCCCUCAAGGGGAAUGGACAAUUCUUGAACUAGAAACCCAUCACUGAAGCGAUCAAGUGUUUUGAGACAGGACUCCUCCCCUCUUCUUUUCCCUGUUCCUCUGCAAGUAAAUGGGUGAUGCAAUAUUUCUAUACAAUAAUAAAUACUGCAUCAGUCAAGAAGAGUCAGUCCUUGAUAUUGAAAUGAUCCUUUCUUUAAGUGCUCCGUUUCUAAUUUAAGAUUUAAACACAGGUAAAAUAAACUUUUGAGAUUUAAGGUGGAUGUUUUCUAAAAACUAUUUUCAAGCAUGUCUUCUUUUCUUUCUCUUCCUAGACUUGGGGAAUUAGAUGCCCUGUAAGAAAAUGCUUUGACUUACUCUCUCCUUUUUUCAUUCAUCACUUACUCAUACAUUUCUAAAUGCUCAAUGAAUUAAAAUAUGAAUGCAGAAUAAGUAUUGCUAUCCUUUUUUCUUCCAUUGCUCUCCAUAUAUAGUGACUUGGUGACUUCUUCAAAGAUAAGCAAUUCACAGUGAUUACGUCAAAAGAUGUGUGCCAACAGUACUUUCAAUUCUAGAAAUGUGUGUUUGGAUUUGCAGGAAAUAAUAAUAAUGCAACUGUUUCUGAAUUUAUUUAUUAACAGCAGCAUGUUUGGGUUGUUUUCUCCAGGUUGAUUUUUUGUAACUUUUUUGGUUUUGAAAAUUCAAUAAAUUUCUAAAUUGUUUAAAUCUAAGAUUGCACAGGAGUUACUGGAAAAGAUACAUAGUAUUCUUUUUCUAGGAAGAAAUAUAUGUUUACAGUGUUGUUAAAUUGAAAGGGGGGAAACCUCAUGAAUGAUUUAUACAAAAUCUAAUACAAUUAACAGGUGUUUUUUCCUUUUAAGAUGGUAUUUAAUAGAAUGAGACAGGUGAAAUAUAAUGAAGUAGUUCGCUCAUUUCAAAUUUCUGUAUUUUGUGUGCCAUAUAGAUCUAUAUUUGGAUUCCUUAGAGUGUAUUAGGUAGCACACUUCCCUGACCAAAGGACACUUUUAAAGGAUUGGUAUUCAUAUAUUUUUGAUCCAGAGCCUCUUUCCCAGUUACAGCUUAUUAUCUUGGGGGUGGGGGUGGGGGUCUGGCUAAUAGUGCAGGAACAGUGAAACACCAUAUCAUCUAUAUGUGGCUUUUUGAUUUCCUUUUUAAUAUGCAUCCUCUUUACUCUGUGACAAGAGAAAUUUGGAAUCCACUUCAUAGGGAGCUCUUACCAUCCAAGUUCCCAUGUAGAUGGAACACUCAGUCAGAUACUGAUUUUUGUGUUCUAUGAUGCUCACUUUAAUACUACAGCUUAAGAUAGAUGGGCCUUUUUGCUGUGAAGUAAUUGGGCAAGAUUUACCUGUCAGCGGAAGCCCUGCACAAAGUCUUCUGUUUGCCCUGCCCCACAUGCUCUCCUGACCUUUUCUCUGGUGGGAUGGAGAACCCAGAGUACAGCACAUGAGGGAAGGAGAGGGGAGAUCUGACAGGCUAUAGUGCUUGUGCAGUUGGAGCAUUUGUCAUAGCGCAAAGUUGGAUUCCACCCAUUUUAUUUGAGUAACGCGUGUGGAAAUGCAGCUUUUGAAGGAUUCAUGAUUUCAUUCUUCCCUCUCUGCCUAUACUUAAAUUAAAGAAAGUAAUUAAGAUAUUUCCAUAGCGCCGUUCCACUAAGGAAAAUUCCCAGCUUUCAAUGAAAAUACAUGAAAACGUUAAAAGGAAAACAUCUAAAUAUAUAUACAGUGGUACCUCAGUUUAUGAACACAAUUGGUUCCGGAAGUCUGUUCAUAAACUGAAGCAAACUUUCCCAUUGAAAGUAAUGGAAAGUGGAUUAAUCUGUUCCAGACGGUCCGCGGAGUACUUAAACUGAAGCGUUCAUAAACUGAAGUGAACUUUCCCAUUGAAAGUAAUGGAAAGUGGAUUAAUCCGUUCCAGACGGGUCGCGGAAUACUCAACCUGAAGCGUACUUAACCCGAAGCAUGGGUGUAAUUGGUUCCGGAAGUCUAUUCAUAAACUGAAGCGUUCAUAAACUGAAGCAAACUUUCCCAUUGAAAGUAAUGGAAAGUGAAUUAAUCCGUUCCAGAUGGGUCCGCAGCGUUCAUAAACCAAAAAUUCGUAAAAAUUCGUAAACCAAGGUGUUCAUAAACCGAGGUUCCACUGUGUGUGUGUGUGUGUGUAUAUAAUAUAUAUUAUAUAUAUCUCACACAUAAACACAUCAGAAAUUAAAAAUGGUAGAAACUGUAAAAUGAAGAUCGAAAAGCAGCAUACAGAUUAACGUGGGCUUUCAUGGGAAGGUCAUAGCAAUGGUUUGGUGCAGAUUCCUGUGGGCAGAGGUUGGCUCCAAGAGCCUUUUAGGGCUUCAGAGGUAAGCACUAGCAAGUUGAACUUUGAAACAGACCAACACCCAGUGCAGUUGUUCAAAGACUGGCAACAUGUAAUCCAUUUGGCUGGUCUCUGUUAGUAGCCCAGUGACCAUUGUGUACUUGCGGUUCACAAUAAGUCUUCAAAGGCAUUGCGAAAACCAGUGCAAGUAUUGGCGAUGCAUAACAGCUUUCCAUGUACUUCAGUAGUUAGAUUUUUAUUUCCGACAAACGUUGGGAUUCAUUUUGUAGCAAACAUUUGGUGUAUGUAUUGGGGAAAGAAAGUUGAAUAAAAUUGGCAGUAAAAGAAUAAAGCUUAUGCUGUGUCAGCUCUUUCCCAUUUCACUUACCCUUAUGUUAAAAAAUAAGAUGUUAUUAAAGAUAAAUAUAAUAAUAUCAUAAAAUGCCCCAGUAAAAAUUGUUGGACACCCCACCCACCACGCCGUAUCCUCUUUCUACAGCGUGAUGAAUUCACAAAAAAAUGUCUUUACAAUCUUCAAUCAGCUUCCAAAGUCAGACACAUUCACACAUUCAGUGCUCCAAACGUCCAUCAAAGGGAGUCAAAUCUGAAAACUUUAGUCUCAUACAUGUUUUAAUAGUCUAUUUCUAUGUCUAAUUGUCCAAUGUAGCUUGAGGAAGAUUAUCUGCCUGUCUGUGAUCUUUGGUGUAGAAAAUAAAGGACCACCAUAUUGUAAGAAAUGUCUCUGGUUUUUGUUUUCCAUGGGAAACAAUAUUAUGGGUGACAUUUUUUGCUAUUGCUUGCAUCAUAUAUUUUUAUACCAAAAUUCCAGAGUAAAUCCUUGUAGCUUCUGCCAUGUUUGCGCUAUUGCCAAUCAUGCAGCGACAAGAAAAUAGGCAGCGAACCUUUUAUAAAGUUGUUUAUUGGCAUCCUCAAAAAUAGUCAGGAAAGCCAAUUGUGGGUUAAUAAUACUUCCCUUUUCCAAUGUUGUUUAAUUUCUUUUGCUAGAAGGGAGAUGGCAAAUUGGCUCUGGCCAUUUGGUUUUCAAGUGGAAAAGUUCCUUUGGUCUGGCAUGACGAUGGGGAAAAGGAUUUAGGCAAGGGGCGUGGCCGGGUUUGGGACACACCAGCUAGGGAUGAAGUACUCGCAGGGUGACACAGGAUGGUGAGGGGACCCAGAACUGAAGGGGCCAGAGUCAGAAGGGGCCCUGCCUCCAUGAACACAGUGGGCUCUGAGACGUAGGGAGCAGUGGGAGAUAUGCUCUAGGUAAGGCAUAGGCAAACUUGGCCC